AUGCGUACAUAUUUUUUAGAAAUAGUGUAAAGGGUCGAGCAAAGUUUUUGAUUUGACGAGUAGAGUAGUAUACACAAGAUGACGAGUAGAACAGUGGCGUUGUCACAGUGAAACAGAUAAACGCUAAGGCCUUAAAACCCUAGAGAUCAUUCUUACAAGCGAGACUGCAGUUUCUUUUAGGUGCUUACUCAAUUACAUGCCGUUUUGACCAAUAAAACGACAUGGCGUUUUUCUUUUCAUUUUUUGAAACACAAAACAAAUAUCUUUUAUUAGAACAGAAAGAAUUGAAAUCUUUUGAUUUCAACUUUAAAGUUGAUUUUCAAAUCAUUUUUAAUGCAUGUAAAUACAUAAGAUACCUAAAAAAAAUAUAAAGAACCUAAUUAGACAUAAAGACAAAAAAAAUACAAAAUCUUCACCUUGAAACCUCACUAAAAUCUAAAACAGAUCCAAAACCGGAGAAAAUGAAACGAUAAAUUCCUUAUCAUACUCAUGAUCCUUAAGUAUAGCAAAAACUUUACUGAAAUAACUAAAACCAUAAACUUAGAGUAUCUCCACUCCACUUUUAUUUUCACUUCUAUAAUAACAUUUAGAAUUAAAAUCACUCCAAUGCAUCUUUAUUUUUACCUAUAAAAUAAAAUUACUAUUUUUUCCUUUAUUAUACAAGAAAAAAUAAUAUUCUUUUAUAUUUUGUUUUAUAUUUGGAGAUUUAUAGAUAAAUAUAUUGGAUCAAAACUCAUUUCUAUUAUGCAGUUCUUCAAUUUUAAAGGUAAAAAUAAGGAUUGAAGAUAGUCUUAAACCAAACCUCCAUAUAUAAAAACUUUUCUUAAUCUACAAUAAUCAGAAUCAUAUUGAAAUAACCAAAACCACAAACUUGAAUGAAACCUCCAUUACAAAUAUCCAAAGCAUCAACGAGUAGAACUGUUGCAUAGCCAGCCACAUAUUAUAAUCAUGGCUUUCUUCACUAAAUGACCAAGCUUAUCUUUCUACACCACACCAUCAAGCUUCUCUGCUUCAAUUUUUGAUGAAACUAUUACACCAAUGGCAAAUAAACUAUCGGAAAGAUGUAUGAUGUCUUAGAUAGUACAAAGCUUUAGUGAUGAGUGUUACGUACAAGUAGGUUACAUAAUAGAAGUCAAAUACAAAGCCAUCAAGAUGUUUUUCUUCUCUGCUAACACGUCUGAAAUGUAGACUAAUAAACUAAGCAUAAUAACAAUGAGAAUGAUUCUAACACCUUUCUAAUAACACAAGGAAUCAAUUAGAUCAUCACUCUUCUCCUUUAACCACGUAUUCAACUUCUUCUUCUUUUGAAAACACAGUCUACAGAGACAACAAAUGAGAUGGCAACCUUCAUGGUGAAAUGCUCAGUUGAAUCGACUCUAUCUAAACGAAAAAUACAAAUUUUGAUAUAUAUAAACAAAAUAUAUUAUUAUUUUAAUAAAUAUUAUGAAUGACAUGUAUCUGGUUGCACAAAACUUUCACAUCAUUUCUAUAAAUCUGAAAAGCAUAUCAGUUUUAUUAUAUAAGUAUGUUUAUACAAAACUAUUAUAAAAUUCAUAUAAGAAGUAGAAACAUGAUUCAUAGUGAGUUCAAUAAAAUGAAACAUAAGUAUCACAAACAUAAUUUGUAUUUGACUAUUUUUAUGAAUGUUAUAUAAAGCAGCCUAAAAAUAAUCCUGAUUUAAUAGUUACUUGCUAUUUUUAUGAAUGUAAUAGUUUCAUAUAUCAGUUCCUCAAAACCCUAGAGAUCAUUUUUACAAGUUAUUAUGAAGCAAGACUCCACUUUCUUUUUAGUCGACUACGUGUCCUUUUUGACAAAUAGAAACGACAUGGCGUUUGUGAACAAAGAUUGGCGAAAACAGAGCCAAAACUAGUGAAAACGAAACGACAUGAGAUCUCUGACCUUUACUAGAAAAAGAAGCUCAACUUCAAUGGCAACUUCCUCACCGAUGAAUCCACACUUUUUCAAGCCCCUUCUUCUCGGCUUCCAUAGCCACCUAAACAUUCCCGUGGCUUUCUUCUCAAAGCACUUUGAGCAAACACAAAACCAUGGAAAUGCGGUGGUAAGGCUGAGAUCAGACGCUUCCGAUGUAACCUGGGAAGUGAAGAUGGACGGUCGGAGACUCACACAAGGCUGGCAAAAGUUCGCCGCCAGUCAUGAUCUCCGAGUUGGCGACAUAGUCAUUUUCAGACAUGAUGGAGAUUUCUUGUUGCAUGUCUCAUUUUUUGGCCCUAGUUGCUGUGAGAUUCGAUACAAUCACGAUGAUGAUGAUGAUGAUGAUGAUGACGACUCUAGUUUUGUUGCAUGUGUCACCGCGUCGAACCUAAGCACUGAUAUGGUGAUUUUGCAGCAUCUUCCAAUGGAUUUUUCAAGGUAUAAUGGUCUCACUAACCGUAACUGUGAGAUCAUUCUAUUGAAUGAAGAAAGUAAGCAAUGGAGACUACUCAUGCGUCACCACAAAGCAAGCGGCCACGUUUGCAUCAGAAGCGGUUGGAAACGUUUCUGUUAUGAAAAUAGACGAAGAGCCAACGAUUUCUUAACCUUCAAGCUAGUGAGAAACGGCGCAACACCUGUUCUCCAGUUGUGUUCUUCUUCUUCUUCAUCUACAACAAGACCAUGCAGAUUCGUGAUACUAACUCUCACACCAUACAGUCUCAAGAGUUCUACUCUGGUAAGCAAGUUUUUGCAACAACAUUUUUUGUCAAGAGUUUGUAAAUGGGUUUUGGUGUCUUUAUUAUGGCAGCGUCUACCGAUGAAAUUUGUGAAGGCGAAUGGUAUAGAGAAUGCGAGGAAGAUAACUCUUGUGGAUCGACACGGUAACAAAAAGACGACGAGUCUUAAGCAGUUUGAUAAAUAUGGUAGACUGAGUUUGGGAAAAGAGUGGAAAGAGUUUUGUGAAGUUAAUAAAGUGAAGACUGGUGAGUCCUUUAAGCUGGAACUCAUCAAGGAAGAAGACACUGGUACUCAUCUACUUAAGUUCUGCUCCAAAGUUUGAAACUCUCUCUCUGAGUUCUUUUAGCUUCUGUAAUAUCUACUUUCAAUGUAUUGUUUUGGCUAAAGCUUGUAACAUGCAAAGCUUUUUAGCAGCUUGGGAUGAACAAAGGUAAUCAGAUACCUUGUUGUUUCCCUAAAAGUUUAAAUUGCGUUGUAAAACAAUUUGUUGAUCUCUUUAACAUCCUCUUUUGAGCCACAGUUUGUUUAAUGUUUCCUCGGACUCAUGAUCCUUAAGUAUUGAGAAACUUUCAACAAGAUUUGGCUUCACCUUUGUUUCGGAUUUUAGACCUCUUGUGCCUGAAAAAGAUCUAUUAGCUCACUAGUAAUAUGAUUCAUUUUCAGAUAUAUGAUGAGAAGCAUUAUGUGAAAGCCAACACAUGAAUAUCUCACACAUAUAUCCAUUCAAAGAAAGAGGGACAAGCUGGAAGAUAGUUAUAGAACAUGAUUAAUGUCAGCAUCUAUGCAUAUAAGCCCUAUAGAAUUAACUUAUCUUCAGCAUCACUCAAUAUGCAUUAACAAACAACACUUUAUAUAUGGCAUCUUGUUCAAAUUCUCCUCCAUGAUGAAGAAGAAGAGUUGCAGCUUUGGAUGAUUGUGAUUUGGUGAUAAUCUUUGCGUGUUAUAUACGGCACCAUUCUUUCUUUUGUAACGAUGUCUUGUUUUUCCUUUGUUGUGUUUAACAGAAUGCUUGAGAGUGUUAAUAAUGUGUAGUAUGAGUGAGUCAAAAUUAACUUUUGGCAUUGGGACAAAGCACCAAAACAGAGCAAAAGUAGAGAAUACGAAAUGACAUUAACGCUUUAAAAGCUUUAUAGAAAACAUAAAACAACUCUUCAUUAGUGAUGAAGAAAGUUACAGCUUCCUCACCAACAAGAGAGUCAGCUAUGUGUCUUUUGACAUACCAAGAACGGGGCGGCUUUAAAUUCUAAGGCGCAUACCGUAACUAGAGAACAAGAAACGACACCAAAGCUUAAAAAAAGUUGUAAAUGGCAAAUGGUUCAGCUUCCUCACCAAUCAAUCCACACUUUUUCCAGCCUCUUCUUCCCGGAUUCCACAGCCACAUUGUAAUCUCUCUUUUUCUCUAUGUGUCUCUCAAAGUCUCAAUAUACAUUGAAUAGUUUUGUUCGAACUCUCUCUCUCGUUUCUUUUGUUGCAGAACAUUCCCAUAGCAUUCUACUCAAAGCAUAUAAAGGGAACAACCAACGAGGGUUAUGUCAAUGAAGUGGUAAAACUGAGAUCAGAUGCUUCUGAUUUAACCUGGGAAGUGAAGAUGGACGGUCGUAGACUCACCCAUGGCUGGGAAAAGUUCGCCACCGGUCAUUGUUUAAAAGUGGGAGACAUAGUCAUUUUCAGACAUGAUGGAGAUUUGUUGUUCCAUGUCACACCUUUUGGGCCUAGUUGCUGUGAGAUUCAAUACAAUGAUGAUGAUGAUGAUGAUGAUGAUGAUCAUGAUGAGAAGUAUCAUCAACAACACACAAGAGAAGCAGAAUCUUCACCAGACAACUCUUGUUUUGUAGCCCGUGUUACCGAGUCUAAUCUAAAAAAGGAUGCACUGGUGAGUUGUGAAAGAAUGAUUAUGCAUUUGAUUUAAACACCUCCUUAAAAAAAAUCAUAAACUAACUACUCCUUUUAAAAAAAAAAACUUUGCAGUUUCUUCCACAACACUUUUCAAGGGCUAAUGGUUUCGUGAAUCGUGAGUGUGAGAUCAUACUGAUGAAUGAAGAUAGGGAACCAUGGACAUUGUUAAUGAAAUACUACAAAACAAAUGGUUAUGUUUACAUCAGACACGGCUGGAGAAGUUUCUGUCAAGCUAACCGAAAAAGAGCCAACGAUGUAUUGACUUUCAAACUUGUGCAAACAGGGACAAAACCUGUUCUCCAGUUGCGUGCGUCAGUGUACAACCGAGGUUCUUCAUCAUCUUCUUCAACAAGCCAAGACAGAUUCGUGACACUAACUCUCAAGCAAUACCA